ACUGUUGCAUGCACGUGCGAAUGCAGCGAGUGCAGUAUGCACGAUGCUCCUUUCGUACGUGGUGAUCGUCGUCGCGGUGCUGGUGCACUACAACGCUUUCGGCCGGCGUCAUUACAAUUCAGGUGAAGUCGACGAUAAAAUCGUGGUGGAUUCCGCUACCGGCAUCGCUUAUAACCCCUACAGCAAGCACCAUCCUGGGAGACACAUCUGCACCACAGAGAAGAACGUUACGUUUCCAGUGAACGCAAAGCAAUCGUACAGUAGGCCCGUUUACAAAAGGUACACGGAACGAUGUAACGGCAACCAAAUGUGCAAUGGUGUUCGGUUGGUAUUUGAAACAACGUACAGGGAUGUUGUUAAUAUGAAAACGAGAACUCAGGUGUUGUAUACCUGUUGUCCGGGAUGGUACCAAGUGACAAACCGGAGCCAUGGGUGUAACAAACCGUCAUGUGUAUCAAAGUGCCAAAACGGUGGGACCUGCGUCAAACCGAACACCUGCAGCUGCCCCAGCGGCUUCAAAGGGCAAUACUGCGAGGAGGACGUGGACGAGUGUACAGACAAUAAACCGUGCGACCAAAUCUGCCACAACACCAUGGGCGGUUUCAAGUGCGAGUGCCGAGAGAGCUUCAUCCUUCUGGGUGAUGGGCAAUCGUGCCGUAAGGAAGAUGGAGAAGAGCUCGCCUUGGAAGCCAAAGAUUUACAGUACGAAAUGCUCGACAAGCGACUGCACAAGCUUGAAAAGACUAUUUUAGAUAACUUGGCGACGAUCUCGUCAAUACAAAACGUGGAGGUGAAAAAGAUAACCGGUCACUUCCAUAGUAUUCUAGAGGACGUAAAUGUGUUAAAGGUUCGGCUGAGGAAGCUCGAGGCAUAUAGCGAUGAUAUUUCAAUGUUGAAGAGUAAGCUCGGCAGACUGGAAAAGUUCAUGGUUAAAAUACAAGGCGCUAGUCCUAAUAAAGUAGCUUUCUAGUCUAAUAUCUUAUUGUAAUUUAUAGUCUUGAAUAAAUUUUGUA